AUGACGCGUUGGUUGAAUGGCGAAUCUACACCUGAGCCUCAUCUUUCGUCACUUUCUUCUCGCGUGGAGAGAUUAGUUGUGCUCGGAGAGUGCAUUGCAGUUGGACAGAUAACAGCGAUUCAAUUCGUGCAAAAGUAUGACCGUAAGGCUCACGAGUUCGCAUCUGCUGUUCACUACCUCAAUCUUAACUACAAGGAGGCGUCUUCAAAUGUAGAGACAAUUGCUGCUCUUGAUACCAUGCUUUCCAAACUUUUGGCGUCCAGAUGGCUCCUUGAGCGUAGUUGA